GUCGAGGAGUCGCAUGCAUUGCCGGCGGACUGCAUGGCGAACCAUGAGCUAGCCCGUCACUGCCCGUCCUACCUCGCGUAUAUAAGCCUUCGAGAGGUGGGCCCAACUCUCCAGGAAGCCUCCUUCACCGGUUCGCCUCCCCUAGCACACGUCCUCCAGCCUCGGUCUUCGUACGCUAUCAGCCAGCAGUCAUGUUCUCCUUCGGCAAGAUGCUCAACAGCGUUGUGCUGGCUCUGGCGUGCUCGUCCUUGACGAGUGCUGCUCCGUACAGCCCGACCGUGAAGUACAGCACCCACCGUACUCGCGAGAUUGGCAGCCUCAAGGUCGAGUCGUACCACCCCCCUACGACGUACAAGACCUACGGCAAGGGUUUGGACGAUGUUCACGCUGCGCGCGUCAAGCGCGACGGUAUCGAGGCCGCAUCGACCUCCUUCGUCGCGUCGCAGCUCAGCGUGGACGAGAGUGCUGUUAGCUACCGGUCCGGCUACCAGGGCCCCGCCGCCCAGUACGCGUACAUCCGCCAGAGCCACGAGAACAUCCCCUUCGCGAACGCUGUGGCCAACGUCGCAUUCAAGGGCGACAAGGUUGUUUCCUUCGGCCAUUCCUUCGUUUCCACGGACAAGAUCGCGGACUCGAAGCCCACGGUCGAGAUCGACUCGUUCAUCGGCGACAUCGAGUCGCAGCUGAACGGCAAGUUCAACGACUACAAGUCGCUCGAGUACCUCGCGAAGCAGGAUGGCAGCGUCGCGCUCGUGCACGUCGUGCAGAUCCGCAACGAGGAGACCAACGCGUGGUACGAGGCGAUGGUCGACGCGCACUCCGGCGAGCUCGUCUCCAUCACGGACUUCGUCGCCGACGCGUCGUACACCGUCGUCCCCAUCAACAAGCAGGACCCGACCGAGGGCAUCGAGACGCUCGAGGACCCCGCGAUCGAGGCCGCGUCGCCCAACGGGUGGCACAGCGAUGGCGACAGCACGACCACCGACACGAGCGGCAACAACGUGAUUGCGUACAAGGGCUCGCAGAGCUCGGGUACCACGGAGCAGAGCGCCGAUGGUCAGGUCUUUGACUACGAGUACGACACCAGCGUGGCGCCGACGGAGGGCAAGAACGUGGAGGCCGCCACCACGAACUCCUUCUACAUCAUGAACACCCUCCACGAUAUCGCCUACCUCUAUGGCUUCACCGAGGAGGCAUACAACUUCCAGAAUGACAACUUCGGCAAGGGUGGCGAGGACGGUGACCGUGUGCUCAUGUCUGUGCAGGACAGCAGCGGCACUGACAACGCCAACUUUGCCACUCCCCCCGAUGGCCAGUCCGGCCAGUGCCGGAUGUACAUCUGGGACUACACCAGCACCUACCGCGACGGUGACGUCGAGAACGACAUUCCCGUGCACGAGGGCACUCACGGCAUCACCAACCGCCUGACCGGCGGCGGCACCGGUCGCUGCCUCCAGACCACCGAGGCCGGUGGCAUGGGCGAAGGCUGGUCGGACGCCUUCGCCGAGUGGACCGAGUGGGACAGCGAGGAGAUCACCGACUUCACCAUGGGCGUCUGGGUCACCGGCAGCGAGGCCGGCAUCCGCACGCACCCCUACUCGACGUCCGCGGACACGAACCCGCUGCGCUACUCGUCCAUCCAGGAGCUCAACGAGGUGCACGACAUCGGCGAGGUGUGGGCGAACAUGCUGCACAAUGUGUACGCGGAGCUGGUGGGCGAGUACGGCUGGACGGCGGACUUCAAGACGAACCCGGACAGCGACGCGGGCAACGUCGUCUACGCGCACCUCUUCAUCGACGCGCUGUCCCUGCAGCCUUGCAACCCGACUCUCCCCACUGCUCGCGAUGCCUGGAUUCAGGCCGACGAGAACCGCUACGAUGGACAGCACGUCUGCACCGUCUGGAAGGCCUUCGCCAGCCGCGGUCUCGGUGUCGAUGCCGCCGACUACACCGACGACGACUCUGUCCCCGCUGAGUGCCAGUAGGCGCUCAGAUCUCACGACGAGUGACUUCACGGACUCUAAUGGCUUUUUAUGAACUAUUUGGAAUCACUACUGUAUAUGUACAGCAUGUACACCUGGAUUGGAAACGACGCAAUAUAGGGUUGAUGAUGUCUCUUC